AUGGACGACGCGAACACGAUCGCUGAGUUACGUCGUCAGCUCGAGGAACAACGACAGCUCCGAGAAGAGGCAGAGCGCCUACAGGAAGCGGAGAAACAUGCGCGAGAAGAGGCAGAGCGCCUACAGGAAGCGGAGAAACAUGCGCGAGAAGAGGCAGAGCGCCUACAGGAAGAGGCAGAGCGCCUACAGGAAGAGGAGAAACAGGCGCGAGAAGAGGCAGAGCGCCGACUGGAACCCAACACCCUUGUUGGGCUUCUCGAUCGGUGUCACCGCUCUCUGUCAAAAUCUAUUCAAAUUGAAACCAAUGCGACACUGACAACCCAGGGAACUGUGACGGACCCGGUCAAUCGGCUCUAUCCAAAACGAAUCCUCCCGUGGCUUGACUUUCCGCGGCUUCAGGAAGAAGUCUGGGCAAAACUCGAGGGCGCCGCCUCUUUUGCCUCGCGUCCGCUGUUUCCAUCAAAUCAUCAGCUAGACUAUGUUGCUGCCAACAUCCAGGACAAGCCGAUCUACUCCGAGGCCUCUCUCCGGAACUUCCAACGCGAUACAGUAGAGAACUUCGUCGAAAUGAUUAUCGAGGCGUUGAGGGCCGAUGAAACUCUGGGGCGCGAGCUUUGCCUCCACGGACGAGUGGCCUUUCAUGAUCGUGCGAAUCCCUCGGAAAACACCGGAGGCUCGCUGGAAGAGAGUCUAGAGCAUAUGCGUGUCGAUGACGCGUUGCCUUCACGGCGGCAGCGAAGAGGUCGCGGAAGGGGGAGGAAACAAGCGCAACAAACACGUCCUGCAAGGCGGCGGAAUCGUCGCGCCGAUCAGUUCUGCGUGCACGUCAUUUCGAACGAGCGCCAAGUGCCAGCGUACGUGGUGGAGUUCAAAGCGCCGCACAAGCUGACCGAGCCUGAGUUGGUAGCCGGCCUACACGAAGUCGAACUAGAGCGCGAUGUGAUCGGGAGGGAAGGCGAUACUUUUGAGUUUCAUGCCACUCUUCUCGUUAGCGCCGUGGUCACCCAAAUCGUCUCGUAUAUGUUCGACACCGGGGUUCGAGACGGAUAUAUCUGCACAGGGGAGGCAUUUGUGUUCCUCCAUAUCCCGGAAGACCCCACAGUUGUGCUAUAUCAUCUCUGCAUCCCCAAUAAGGAUGUCCAAGCUGAUGAUGAACACGGCCUACACCGGACAGCUGUGGGCCAAGUCCUCGCGUUCACACUUCAGGCACUGGCCGCCGAAACCCCCUCACAAGAGUGGUUCGAUUCCGCACAUGAAAAGCUGUCGACCUGGGAGGUUGAGUACCUGGACGUGCUUCGGGACAUUCCGGAAACGAUUCGUAAAGACCCGCCACCUUCCGUCUAUCGACCAUCGUCAUGGACUAGGUCGCAGAAAUCACACAAUACGCGAUCCCGUGCCCGUUGCAAGCCGGGCCAGUCCACACCGAGGGCAUCGUCAAGGGAGGGUGGUGACAGUGAUGAGGAGCCGAGCUCGCCAUCCGCUACGGCAGCCGCUCGCAGUCGGUCAAGUCGUGGCAAGGAGAGCAAAAGCCAAGCUCUUCGAAAGACGCAGGGCAGGAAUGCCGGUCGGGGAAAUGGCGGAUCUUCUUCACAGAAACGAGGGCAAAUCGGCCGGCCAUUUUGUACCGUGGCCUGCAUCCGUGGAAUGGCCUACGGGGGAGCCUUGGACCGGGAAUGCCCAAACUCACACGACCAUGGCGCUCAAGGGCAUUCAAUCAACGCGCGAGUAUUUACGCGCAAGCUUCAUGACCAACUUUCACGGAAUCGAAACGAGGGCUUUGAACCAUUGCAUAUCCGUGGUCGAACAGGCUAUCUCAUGAAGGCGACUUUAUUGGAACAUGGAUACACCGUGCUUAUCAAAGCGACAAUAGCGGACAAGGAACAUUACCUCCGAACGGAAGCAGCUCACUACCGUUAUCUCCGAAGACUUCAAGGCCAUCAGAUCCCUGUCUGUGUUGGGAACUUUAAACCACGCGUUUCAUAUUGGUAUCAAGGGGAGCCGAUGGCCCAUAUGAUGAUUCUGAGCUGGUCUGGGACCCGGCUUCAACAUGUCAUCAAUGAAGGAAAUCAGGUCUUCUUCAACAAAGAGCGCGCAAGAGUCCUGGGCGUCCUCCACUCAAAUGGGGUGGUCCACAGGGACACGGAGUGGCGGAAUAUGCUAUGGAAUGACCAGGAGGGCACUCUGGUUGUCAUCGACUUGGAGGACGUGGAACGGCUCAGGCGGGCACGGCCGCUCGGUGCCAGCUCUGGCAAUCGAGUUCCGGGCAAGCACCGCCUCUCUGGCCGGAAAGUUGGCCAAGUAUCUUCCCAAAGCGCGGCCAUUUGUGUAUGA